AUGAGUAAUCAAACACAGUCGCCAGAUGGACUUGGAAGGAGGACUUCAAUGUCAAGACGGUCCCCAUCGAUCCUAGUUACUGACGCAAGGUCUUCGCAAAAACGGAUUAGUGCGCCAUUUGCUGGCCAUGCUGCAGGAGUCAGAAGUGGAAAAUCAGGACGAUCUACUUUCAAUGGGCUAGAGCCAAUUCAGGGCAGCUCUUCGGGCCCGAGGACCACUUCAGUUCGUCGUGGAAGUGCCACUAUGAGCUCAAGCGACCUCUUACCAGUACGACGCUCUAAGAGCAAAACCAAGCUUCGAAACGGAAAAUUCAGUGAUAUCUCUAUAGACAACCUCUUGUCUGAGGUGUCUGACGUUCCAUCUGGUCGCAGAGAAGAGCGAUUGUCAUCAUCAUCACACGAUUCUGGAUACAUGUCCACUCGCCGAUUUGCUCGCACGCACCAAUACAAUAAGAUGAUUAAUCCACUACCGCCAAGGACAUCUAAGACGUCGAAGAAAUUGGUCCUCAUUCCAGAUGAGUUUGAACGAAAGCCGGCAACACAAAGUUUUGAUAGGAGAUGGCCGUCAAGAAAUACCAGGUUGGACGCUGACAGAGUAGCCAGUAUAGAGGAUAAUCUUUCGCGUAUCACUGCCUAUAAUGUUGCAGAAGGUUUCAACCUCCAGCUGGCUUCCAAGUUUUUGAAAACUACACAUGGCGUUUCUCCAAGACUUUACGAUGAAUGCCUUUAUGUCCCUUAUUGCCUGCCAUUACUACCGGGAAAGGAUGGUUUUAGGCUAAGGUCAAACGUAUCCAAGAAGACAGUUGGAGGUAAAAGCCUAAUAGAUCGUCUCAUUGAUAAAAGCGAACAGCGGGAUCAUCACUACGAGUACUACUCGGGCGUUGAAACAGUGGCGGACAUGCACAACAACUUUGAACUCAGUGAGUCCAUAGCCGCAGAACUUGAUAGAAACGAUGUUGUCCCAACACCAGAUCAUUUACCAAAUCCUACGAGCAACAACACAGCUUCAUUCGAUCCAAGUGAGCCGCAGUUUUUCGCUGAGCAGAGCAUGAGUGAUAUGGCUGAUGAGCAGAAUGGAGAUAGAAAGUCUGUAACGAAUUUCUCCCCAUCCUCUCAGUCUCUGGAAAGUUCAAAUGAGAUAAGUAAACAACAACACGCUGAGAUGUUUAUUUUCAGCUACGGAGUCGUAGUUUUUUGGAAUUUUACCGAGAUUCAUGAGAAGAACAUUCUAGGAGACAUCGCAUUUGCAGAUUACGACGAUCUAGUCGUAAGACCCCUGGAUGAGCAAGACAUUGAAACUGAACAGUUCCACUUCGAGUACGACAUGGAGAUCGACAGGCCUAGUAUCUUUAAUGAUAUUGUAACUCUCAGAUCAGGAGAUCACAUAAUAAAGUUAACAUUAUCUCACUCUAUUGCACAGUCGACUAAAUUAUCCAGAUUUGAGUCAAGAAUUUCCCCGAUUUUGGGAACAGUUUCUAAACUGCCGAAAAGGCUGGCUCUUUAUGGUACUUUAGGUCUCAAACGAGAGCAACUUUUGAAAAAAUCUGGGAAAUUAUUCAAACUUAGAGUCGACGUCAACCUUUCCUCCAGCGUCUUAGAUACCCCGGAGUUUUUUUGGUCAUUUGAACCAAGUUUACACCCUCUUUAUCUGGCAAUGCGCGAGUAUCUUGAAAUUGAUCAGAGGGCUCAGGUAUUAAAUGAUCGCUGCAAGGUCUUUUUAGAAUUCUUUGACAUUUGUGUUGACUCAGUGGCCGAGCGAAAUAUGGCCAAGAUAACAUGGUGGUUCAUCGCCGUAAUUUUUAUCAGUGUUCUAGUCUCCAUUGGAGAAAUCGUCGUCAGAUCCUUUAUCGUUCGCCGUUUGAAACGUCACAAUUGA